AUAAAAUAGCAUUACAAUAAUUGAAGAAGCACCAAGAACCUCAGAUAAAUUCUUCUUUCUUGGUUUGGCACCCAUCAUCCACUUAUCUCUUUGUUUCUCUUACUCAUUAAGUGAAGAAGAAUUACAUACACAAUCUUGCUAGAAAUUCAAAUUUCUGUUGUUUCUCCUCAAAUUAUUUACGAAACCAUGUUGAGGGCAUUGAGCACAAGAAGAAGCUAUCAUGGGUAUGAAAGAUUAGUAGCUGACGAGUACUCUGCCAUUGGUCUUUUAGAGGGAGACUUGAAGAGGUCUAAAACCCUCCCAUCUGGGCUUCGGAGAUUUCACGUCUCCGCUGAAUUACCUUCAGAAUUGGCCUUUCCUAGUGACCCUAAAGUGAAGCCUGCAGCUGCAAGAAAGAGUAGCAAGAGUCACCCACUUCUUAGUCUGUUUGAUUCUCGUCGGAAGAAGAAAACCACAGCUAGACCUGAGCUGACAAGGUACAUAGAGUAUGUGAAGGAGGGAGGGAUGUGGGAUGUGAAUUCAAAUGUGCCAGUCAUUUACUACAAAUGAUUAAGCAGCUGUUAUUUACUUACUUACUCUUUGAGUUUCAUUCUCUAGUGUUAAUAUCUAUGUUGUAUUAAAAUGGAUUGUUCUUUUUUA